AUGGACAAGGCGAAGAAUAUCGAAGGUCAGGAGAUCACCUUGACUUUUGAUCCAAUGCUUUCUUUCAAAUAUGUGGCUUCUGCUCGAUUUGCCACCCCGCGUGGCAACGUGGUCGUUUUUGAGCGUAAGACCCAGAAGAACCACAUCCUUGCGAUGAAGGUCGUCCCGGUGAUUGUCGAUGUGGAGAUGGAGGCAUGUCGGGGCAGCAAGUGCAAGAUCUCGCCCAGUCUUGGAGGGAAGCCAUUGGGCCAGCCUUUCAC